CUGGCGAAAGAGCUCUAGACCAGCUUAACACUGAACCCAUUACUUUUCCAAGAUCAGAAAAAUAUUAGACUAACAGGAACCAUUUCCCCGUCUUACUCAGAUAAGGAUUCAAGGUUUUAAUCUAUAGCUUUUAAUCUAGACUAAUUAGCUUCACCAUAAUAAGACAUACAGCCUGGCUGCGUAUAUUUAAGUACUUCUGUUAAUCUCUUUCCCUUUCUCCCUCUUUUAUUGAUUUAUUUUUCUGGAUAGCUUUGACAUUGUAAACCACGGACGAAUUGGAGCCUGGCAUUGAAAAGAGGUGUUCUGCAACAAUUUUUUUUUUUCUUGUCUAAAGAAGUUUACUUCUACAAGAGAGAAUCUGAAACAUGACAGGGGCAAAGAGGAAAAAGAAAAGUAUGCUGUGGAGCAAGAUGCAUACCCCUCAUUGUGAAGACUUUAAACAGUGGUGUAGAAGGCGGCUACCUAUUCUGGAAUGGGCACCACAGUAUAAUCUGAGAGAAAACCUGGUUCCAGACACCUUGUCUGGGAUAAUGUUGGCAGUUCAACAGGUGACACAAGGGUUGGCCUUUGCUAUUCUCUCAUCUGUGCACCCCGUGUUCGGUUUAUAUGGGUCUCUGUUUCCUGCCAUCAUUUACGCCAUAUUUGGAAUGGGACGUCAUGUUGCCACAGGCACCUUCGCCUUGACAUCCUUAAUAUCAGCCAAUGCAGUGGAACGGCUUGUCCCUCUGAGCAGCCAGAACCUCACCACGCAGAGUAACACAAGCAUAGUGGGUUUAUCUGACUUUGAGAUGCAAAGGAUUGGUGUUGCUGCAGCCGUUUCCUUCUUGGGAGGUGUGAUUCAGGUGGCCAUGUUUGUGCUACAGCUGGGCAGUGCCACAUUCCUGCUUACGGAGCCUGUGAUCAGUGCCAUGACAACUGGAGCUGCCACCCACGUCGUGACUUCACAAGUCAAGUAUCUCUUGGGAAUGAAAAUGCCAUAUAUCUCUGGACCACUUGGAUUCUUUUACAUCUAUGCAUAUGUCUUUGAGAACAUCAAGUCUGUCCGACUGGAAGCACUGCUGUUAUCCUUGCUGAGCAUCGUGGUGCUUGUUCUGGUUAAAGAGCUGAAUGAACAGUUUAAAAGGAAAAUUAAAGUUGUUCUUCCUGUCGAUUUAGUUUUGAUUAUUGCUGCAUCAUUUGCUUGUUAUUGUACCAAUAUGGAAAUCACAUAUGGAUUAGAAGUAGUUGGUCAUAUUCCAAAAGGAAUCCCUCCACCUAGAGCUCCCCCGAUGAAUGUCCUCUCUGCAGUAAUCACUGAAGCUUUUGGAGUGGCACUUGUUGGCUACGUGGCCUCCCUGGCUCUUGCUCAAGGAUCUGCCAAAAAAUACAAAUAUUCAGUUGAUGACAACCAGGAAUUUUUGGCCCACGGCCUCAGCAACGUGAUUCCUUCAUUUUUCUUCUGCAUACCAAGCGCCGCUGCCAUGGGAAGGACGGCUGGCCUGUACAGCACAGGGGCAAAGACGCAGGUGGCUUGUUUAAUAUCUUGCGUUCUUGUCCUGAUAGUCAUCUAUGCCAUAGGACCUUUGCUUUACUGGCUGCCCAUGUGUGUUCUCGCAAGUAUUAUUGUCGUAGGAUUGAAGGGAAUGCUAAUACAGUUUCGGGACUUAAAAAAAUACUGGAAUGUGGAUAAAAUUGAUUGGGGCAUCUGGGUCAGUACAUACGUAUUUACAAUAUGCUUUGCUGCCAACGUGGGGCUGUUGUUUGGUGUGGUCUGCACCAUAGCUAUCGUGAUUGGUCGCUUCCCAAGAGCAAAGACUCUGAGUAUAAAAAACAUGAAAGAAAUGGAAUUUAAAGUGAAGACAGAAACGGAUGGUGAAACUCUUCAGCAGGUGAAAAUUAUCUCAAUAAACAACCCACUUGUUUUCCUGAAUGCAAAGAAGUUUCAUGCUGAUCUAAUGAAUAUAAUCCAAAAGGAAAAUGCCAACAACCAGCUACUGGAUGAUAUCAGCAAGUGUGAACAAAACACGUUGCUCAAUUCUCUAUCCAAUGGCAACUGCAAUGAGGAAGCUUCACAGCCAUGCCCCAGUGAGAAAUGCUUUUUAAUCCUGGAUUGCAGUGGAGUAACCUUUUUUGACUAUUCUGGAGUCUCCAUGCUUGUUGAGGUUUACAUGGACUGUAAGAACAGGAGUGUGGAAAUAUCAUUAGCCCAUUGCACAGCUUCCUUGAUAAAAGCAAUGAAGUACUGUGGAAACCCAGACUCAGAGAAUCCAGUUUCUUUUGAAUCAGUAUCUGCCGCUUUAAGUAACAUCUAUUCAAAUAAGAAUUUGAGCAAACUCAGCGAUCACAGUGAAGUCUGAGACCCUGUUGCUACAGUACAGCUCUUGUCUUUAGCAACUGCCCUGAAGAGGCCAUACUCUGACAUUUUGCACACCCUUUUUUGUUGCUGAGAUCCUACAGAUGACCUCUACUAUAAGUACGAUGUGACUUAAUAACCGCAUAGCCACUGGUCAAGAUUCACCAGGAAAUUU